UUUUUGCAGUAAAAAAUGAUCGGAGUGGCCAUUGUUCAGUGCAUUGGUAAGUGCGGACUGCAUAGCAGCUACUUUGUGUUUUGCGUGCGUUUGCAGAUGCUUGAUGUGGACACUUUUGUGAACCACCCAUGGAUCUUUCGGGAUUCCUUAACCCGUGACCGCAUGGUUGUUCGUCACAAGGAGGUGUUCCACCCUCCCGAGCCGUCACGCUUGGGCCCUGAUGGGCAGCCGCAGUACACCCGCAAGGUGGUUCUCAUCACCCUACCUGUGUACUCGCUGAAGGAAAACUGUUUCCAAGAAAUACGCCGGUGCUUGUCUCGCCCGAGGCCAUUUUCCAGACUGAAUCCCGCGGUCGCUACAGAAGGAGACCCUCGUCUUUCUUCAGCAGCAGUAAAGAGCAGGAUGUGCCUCUAUGUGGCCAACCUACGGGACACAUGGUGCGAAAUCAACUGCUAGGACAAGCGACCGUCAAGUUCAGCUGAUGCUCGGCAUAACACUACUGCCAACGUAGCCGGUCUAAUGUAACUGGCGACUGACCAAUCAUUGUUUCCAGGUCGUCAUCUAA